AUGCACAAUGACAUUCGCUUUAUCUAUGCCAACGAUUCAAAAACUACAAUUCUUCAGCUGACCAAGUUGAACAUCAACCUCGUGUUUGAUGCAUGCAGUCAUGUUUUGCUGCUUAUUGAAAUAAACCAAGUGGGCACUUAUGGAGUCGAGUACAAAUAUAAAGGCGAAUCUAUGUCUUCCUUUCACUUCAAGCACAUAUACAACAAGAUAUUCGGUCCGACGUAUCCGGGAACCAAGGACGAAGCGUCAAAGAGCUACCGACUCUCGUAUCCAGGCAUUGCGUUUUUGUUCAACAUCGAGGGUGUGGCUCUGAAUCAAGGCAGCGACGACCUGAUUAGGACUCUUAAUAACAACAACUAUGAUAUUAAUUGCUAUUCCAUCACCAUCUUCAAGGGAGAUAGCUGGCACGAGGGUGCUCAGAAAAUAAGGGAUGUUAUCGAGGAUACUAAUAUGACUAACAAAGUCCGUCAUUUAUCUGAACUGUUCCCGUCAAAUCAUGCUCCACAAAACACCAUAGGCUACGCGUCAGUUGAUUUGCAGGCGAGACCGAGCGUGUCAAUCCCCGAAUACGCCCAAAUUACUCUUGUUAUUGGAGUUUCUACUAUGCAGGAGGUGACAUCCAAAUUGGGGCCCCCAGACGAUACCCUGUUAAAAUACAGAGAGAUCAGCAGCUAUGGCUCUAAGGGAAUUAAGAUAUACAAAAUCCACAAUUACUUCCGGUACGGACUGGAUUUGAUUUAUGUGCUUGACGAGAUCAAGAAUGGGUCAAGUAUCCUCGCAAAGAUUACAAUACAUUGCAAUGUUGAGAACUCUCUGGAGUUUUUGAAAUAUGAGAAACUUAAUUUCAAGAUUGAAUCCCUGACCUCAACGGACACAGUGUACAGCCACCAGCGAUUUGAUGAAAUCCAAAUGCUUCUGCCCCGUGAAUUGAAAAACAAAUUUGUCUUUUUAAACAGGAAAGAGUAUGAAAUCAACUCUUUCAGUAUAAAUUCUGAUAACGCCUUUGAAGUUAUCGAUUACGAGGACAAUUUUGACAGCAGCACAUCCGUAGAGGACGAAAGUACAUCCAGCGCGAACGCAGAAGAAAACGAAGAAUACAAGAACUGGGGAUUGACAAAGCUUUUUGGAUAUGGGAGGUGUCUCUUUGAAAUCCUCAUUGACGGCAACAGGAUUAGCUCGAUCACAAUAGUUUAA